CUUCAUUUUUGGCUUUUAGAAAUGUACUUUCCAACAACAGGCAAUUUGAUUUGUAUGUUCUACUCUUGAUUUAGCCAACUCAUUCUGAUGGCCAGAGAUUUUAAGAAAAACAAGUUUUCCCACAAUCUUCCAAUUUCUGCAUGUCACGGUAACCAAUGGCACUAAAUAACAACACUGUCUAAACACUUUCGAGACCAGAUUGUAGCUAUGGACAAGGGCCAGUAUAACCGUGAAAGGAAGUUUUGCAAGGGCAAUUUAGCAACAGAUAGUAUGAAAAGGUAUCCUUGAAACAAAGUAAAAUAACAGGUACAACAGCAGUUACUGAAACAGACCUCUGAGUGCUCUGCAUCAAAAAAACGAAAUAAAGAAGGUACAGCCAUUGCUCAGCUAAAAAUUCCUCUGGUAUGUGAAUAUCUUUUCUGCCUCAGAAAGUGAAGAUUCAGUUCUAUAGUAGUAAUGAAGUAUAUUCUCACACAGAGCUGAAUUUUAAAGAGACCAGGCUGAGGUUCCUGGCCAAGCAUGGAUUCCCGUCUGGAUAAGGAGAUGUCUCCCUCCUGAUCUGCAUGAUGGCUUCAUUUCAUGAACACAUGCCUUGAAUUUUCCUCAGUCAUGUUUCAUGAAGGAUGAAGACUUUGAGAGCCCCACAGCUGGAGCAGAUGUGGCUGUUAUUGGAGGUGUGAUUGCUGCAGUAGUAUUUGUCCUCAUCUGCCUGCUGGUAGUGAUGGUCCGGUACAUGUAUAGACAUAAGGGCACCUAUCACACCAAUGAGGCAAAAGGAACUGAGUUUGCUGAAUGUGCAGAUGCUGCUUUGAAAAAUGACCCCACUCUUCAGGAAGCAGUGGAUGAAAGCAAAAAGGAAUAUUUCAUCUGAGAGGCAAGGAUUUCCAUGAAGACUUCCGCAAGUGAAUCAGUCAGAAAUGCUACAUCAACAGAAGUGCUAAGAAAUGGAUAAUAUGAGGAUACAGGCAAGCAUCCUAGUUGAAAAGUAUCUCUACUUUUUGUUGUCACUGGGUUGUUUCUUUUCCUCUACCAGUGAAGAACUAAAAGCCAGAUACUUGCCUGUAGAUUUUGUUAGCAGCACAGCUUGUCACAGUUGAAAUCAAUAUCAGAUAAGAAGAAACAAUAUCUCAGUAUGAAUGAUACACCGAAACCAGAUAAAGAUAGCAAAUGUCAAGCCUUGCAAGUUAAUGAUGCAUCCUAUGCUGAUAUGAUACUACCUGAAAUUGAAUUUCAAAUGGUCACAGAACAAACAUUAAACUAGAUAAAGUUGAUGUAGCUGGAAUAAAAAUAGCUUUGUAGACUAAAUAUCAUAUUCCUCCCCUUAAAUAUGCAGUUUUAUUGGCACAGGGGAGUCUGUUUUGUUUGUUUGAGGAUUUAGAUUGGGAUUUUUUUUUUAUUUUUUGAAUUUUACAUGUGUAACAAUCAAAGACACUUCAAAGAAAUAAAACUGUUGGAAAACAUGGAAAAGGUAAUAAUGAAGGAUUUAUUUCUUGCAGCUUGAGAACUGCAAAACGUUGGAAUUUUCAAUGUAGUAUGUAAUAUUCAUUAGACUUACAAAUAUGAUUCCAAUUAGUUGGUAGGGUCCCUGCAUGUGUGCAUAAAUAGGUAGAUAUUAAAAUGUAAAACAUCCUGGUUUGAGCAGGCCUUUUGAGACGAUGAAGCUCAGCUAGAUAUUUUCAUGUAAGAUAUUUUUGCUUGAGUAUUUAUUUAUUUAUUUUGCAUUGGAAAAUUCUCUUGAAUGCCCGCCAGCAGGAUUUUUGAUUUUUGCAGGGAGAGGAAUUCAGUUCUGGUGCAGAUACUGAUAAAUCUGUCACAAAUGCAACCAUAA